AAGUCUUCCAGCAACUGAAGGCCAUGGAGGAGAUAGAAGAGGAGAAAGGGAAGGGGAAGGGAAACGAGAGAUGGAACGCCGCGAUCGGGAAUCUGACGGAGAUGGCCAACAAUCUGGGAUCACUACAGAAGCUACUCAUCAAGAAAGCUGUGUACGUCGACGAAGAGACCUUUGCCAAAGCCUCUCUCAGCUCCGAACAAGCCCGAGCAAUCAAGGUUCUUGAACAGAGGGUAGAGACUUUAGAACGCGAACUUGAUGCUGCCAUUUCAGCUGCUGCUCGUGCGCGGUCAGAGAAACGACAGGCUGAGGCAGCACAAAGGGCUGCUGAACUACGGACACAAGAAGUUACAAGAGAGCUUGAAAACACCACAAAAGUAUUUGAACUGCACAUGGAAGAGUUGCGUGCAAAGCAAGAAGAAAUCUCGAAGCGAGAUAAUGAAAUUAAACUUCUAGAAGCUAUCAUCCAGACACUUGGUGGUAAGCAGUCACAUUCUAUGUAAGACCUUUUGUUGUGAGUGUAGAUCUUGUCACAUUAUAUCAUUUUCUUGUAAGAUCAUAGAUAGGUAUGUUUAUUUGUACUUUUACAAAAUUACACUAUUUUCUCAAUGCAAGAAAUGCUUUGUUUAUUGUAA